AACUGGAUGGUCUGCAUGUCUGAAUCUGGUGAGUUCUUCCCUGCUCAGUUAGAUCAGAGGGAAAUGGAUCCCAGAGUCCAUAGAUCUAGUGUGAGAGAGACUUUCAUCUCCAUGCCCCCUCCAAUGGGAUCGGGGAGUCGUAAACCUAACGGACAUGCUAAUUCAUCCCCAUCCAUCCAGCUUUCAAGGGGGCAGAAGCAGGGUAUGGUCCUGUCUGUGUUAUUUCUCACUUCUUUGUACUGUUGGUGUGGCCUCGUUCAACCCAGGAUAGACGGACACAAGGUGGGGAAGGCAGUACCUUUGAUUGGACCAAAUCUGGUUGGUGAAAGAGAGAAGCUUUUUAAGCUUAUUUUGUUUUGGAUCACUUGACGAUCACCUGUUCUGUUCAUUCCCUCUGAAGGAGCUGGCAUUGGCUGCUGUCGCAAGACAGGACACUGGGCUAGAUGGACCUUUGGUCUGACCCAGUGUGGCCGUCCUUAUGUUCACCCACAGGAGCUGGCCCAAGAAAAGAUAUUACGUCACCCACCUUGUGUCUCUUAUUUUACACUCACCAUCCCCUAUGGUCCUCCACUGCUGGGACUGGCUCCAGCCAGAGUGCUCUGGAGGUUUAGAACUAGGCAGGGGUUUAACACCAGAGCUGUGUCUGCAUCAGCAAGUCCCCCAGAGUGCACAGACUGUGGAAACCCCCGGUGAUGCUGUGACAGCUCCUCCCCAACACAGACACCUGCCUCUUCCUGGGGGCUCAGUGGCCAUGUCCCAGUUUGUUAAGAUUCCACAUCUGGGUAAUUACAGUGACCAUGUUCCCACCCUUUUGCAUCCCACAAUCCCCCAGCUCAGCACAGGAGCAGGUUGAACUCAGGGAAUGUUCUUUGUGACAAAUACUCUCUCAAUACUCCAUGCACCUUCAUCUUCCUGAUUGACCCCACCCGAGCAGGAUUUCCCAUACCCAAACCUGAUCUGAUCGCCCGGCUGGAACGAGGGGAAGAGCUGUGGCUCCUGGAUCUCCAGGCCCCUGAGGAAUCAGAGGUCUCAAGAGGCAGCCGCACAGGUGAUGAGCCGAUGAGUGAGAACAAGGAGAAGAAUCCACAUGAGGAAGAUCACAAGCAAGUUAAACUGCAGGGGAAGUUUUUGAGAGGAGCUGAAGGACAUUUUUCCCAAUCCUUGGAACAGAGAAAAGCUUGGAGAAGUCGGAAGAGGCCAGAGAGGCAGCUGGGACACCACCCAGUGCAGAAAGAGGAGGAAUCAAUUGAGUGUGGGGUAGGAUGCAAGAAUCCCAAGGAAACAACAGCACCACAGACAAAUCCCAAGAAAGAAAAACCCUAUAAAUGUCUCAACUGUGGGAAAAGCUUCAAUCAGAAAUCGAACCUUAUCACUCAUCAGAGAAUCCACACAGGCGAUAAACCCCAUAAGUGCUUAGACUGUGGGAAAAGCUUCAACCAGAAAUCAUCCCUCAUUAUACAUCAGAGAAAACACACAAGUGACAGACCGUAUAAAUGCUCUGAGUGUAGGAAAUGUUUUACCAAGAGCUCAUCCCUAAUGAAACAUGAGAGAAUCCACACAGGAGAGAGACCUUAUAAAUGCCUUGAGUGUGGGAAAAGAUUCAAUUUGAUAUCAUCCCUGACUACACAUCAGAGAACCCACACUGGAGAGAAACCCCAUAAAUGCUUGGACUGUGGGAAAACCUUUAGUGACAGCUCACAGCUUAUUAAACAUGGGAGAAUCCACACAGGAGAGAGACCUUAUAAAUGCCUCGACUGUGGGAAAAGCUUCAGUCAGAGCUCACACCUUAUUACGCAUCUGAGACUGCACACAGGAGAGAGACCCUAUAAGUGUCUCAGCUGUGGGAACAGUUUUGCUCAGCAAUCCAUCCUUAUCAGACAUCUGAGAACCCACACUGGAGAUAAACCUCACAAAUGCCUCGACUGUGGGAAAAAUUUCGCUCACAGAUCAACCCUUAGUUCACAUGAGAAAAUCCACACAGGAGAGAAACCCCACAAAUGCUUGGACUGUGGGAAAAGCUUCAUUCAGCGAUCAGCCCUUACUACAUACCAGAAAAUCCACACAGGAGAGAAACUCUAUAAAUGCUUGGACUGUGGGAAGAGUUUCACUCAGCGAUCAAACCUGAUUUCACAUGAGAUGAUCCACAAAGGAGAAAAACCCCAUAAAUGCUUGGAGUGCGGGAAGAGCUUCCGUCACAGCUCAGACCUUCUUAAACAUCAGAGAAUCCACACGGGAGAGAGAAUCUACAAAUGCCUCGACUGUGGGAAAAGUUUCACUCACAGAUCAACCCUUACGAGACAUCAGAAAAUCCACACUGGAGAUAAACCCCACAAGUGCCUGGACUGUGGGGAAAAGUUUCCUGUGGGUUAUAUGAGACAAUGCAGAAGAGAAAAGAAACCCAUAAAUGCUUGGACUGUGGGGAAAAAACUUCAAGAACAGCUCAAAGCUUGCUCCACACAGGAGACAGCUCUUAGGAAUACCUUGACUUCAGGAAAAAAAUUAGUCAGAGCUCACACAUUAUCAUAUAUAGAAGAAUCCACGCAAGAGACUUUAAACGUGGGGGAAGCUUUAUCUGGUGCUCCAGGAGUAUAAAGCAGCAGCAAACCCACCCAAGGUAGAGACCUCUCCGGGUGUAUCUGCACAGCAAAGAAAAAUCUGCAGCUGGGGCUUGGGCUGCAGGGCUGGUUCAUUGCUGUGUGAACUUCUGGGCUGGGAAUCGAGCCUGGGCUCUGGGACCCUCACACCUCACAGGGUCCUAGAGACAAGUCUCCAGCAUGAGCCUGGAAAUCUCUACAGCAAUCGUGAGCCUGAGAGGGCUGGCAUGGUGCAGCAGGAGCCUAGUUGCUGUGUAGACAGACCCUGAGAUGCCUCCCUUUAGUGUGGAACAUGCUCCAAGUGGUGCUAACACCAAGUUGGACAACAGAGACUCCUCCGCACAGCAGGGAAAUUCUCUCAGGGCCCUGACUGGGGCCGGCCCUGGUGACAAACCCAUUUCCUCGUUCCCACACACAUCAGGGGCAUUUCACUCCCAAGGUUCCAGCCGCCCAUCGCUGGGGUGAGGCUCCAGCAACAGCUGGUCAGUGACCUUCUGGCUCUUCCUGGUCUAAGCAAACUCCAGGCAGAGGAGGAGAAGCCCCCAUCAGCCCCUCCUCCCUGCUGCAGCCCUGGCUGCUGAGCUGAUGGGCUACAGGUGGGGAAGAGAAAGAGAGAAACUCCUCCAGCCGCUCCCUCUGCCUGGCUGAAGUUCCCCCCUCUCCCUUCCCCUGUCAUGGAGAUGAGGAGGAGGACACUUGGGCCAGGCCCCACCUUUUACUCUAGACACCUGUCCCCACCCCUGAUCUUCCACUAGCCCCUGGGCUGGGCUCCUCCACUGACCUGGAGCUGUUCCCUGCAGGGGGAGUGUCCCUGGGGGCUGGUAACUCCUCCCCUCCCCAAAUCCCCCAGGGCACUGGGCUCUGGGGGAUCAAACAUUAAGGGGCCAGGGCGAUGGGUUCUGGGGAGGACACUGGGGAUUGAAUGGCUGGGGCUGGUGGAGCUGGGAAGCAGGGGGAGCUGGGUGCUGGGGUAUUGAGUGUUUGGGGAUGAUGGGUUAAGAGGCGAGGGAGAGCACAGGGGUAGAGAGAUGCUGCCUUAUCACUCACCCCGUCUGCCACUUCUCCCACAGGGCCUUUUGUGUGGGGAGAAGUGGUUGGGAUUAGCUAGCACAUGUCCUCUGCCCCUUCCCCACUCUUCCUGGUCAAACUGACCCUGAGCAUCUUAUUGAUUCUGAGCCCCACAUUAGCAAAGUGAUUGUCUCAGCCAUUGAGUUCUCCUGCAGGGAUCUUGUCCCAUUCUCAGAUCCUCAUCUCACUGCCCUCCAGGGUGCUUUGUGGAAGGCUGUGGCUAGCGCACCCUGGGACAGACUGAACUUUGGGUUGAGGAUCUAGUUUAUCAGCUAGAAAAGGGAACUUCUAGUCCAACCUUUCUGAUUUUGGCUUUGCACACGACCAUGUGACUCCAUCCCUCCCCUUGUUUCUGCUGGGAUCUCUUGUCUCUCUUCAAAUAAAUUUCCUUUUCUUUUGCUGUCA